AUGCACCACUCUAUUUGGACCAAGGAGACACGCCGAUCCCCAUACCCCUUUCCCUUCCCACAUCCCCUUUCCCUAACCCCAUCCGCCUUCCCCUCCCCCAUCCCCCUUCUCUUUCCCCAUCCCCCUUCUCUUUCCCCAUCCCCCUUCUCUUUCCCCAUCCCCCUUCUCUUUCCCCAUCCCCCUUCUCUUUCCCCAUCCCCCUUCUCUUUCCCCAUCCCCCUUCCCUUCCCGCAUCCCCUUUCCCUUUCCCCAUCCGCCUACCCUUUCCCCAUCCCCUUCUCUUUCCCUAUCCCCCUUCCCUUCCCCCAUCCCCCUUCCCUUCCCCCAUCCCCCUUCUCUUACCACAUCCCCUUUACCUUCCCCACACCCUCCUUUCCCUUCCCCCAUCCCCCAUUCCCUUUACCCAUCCCCCAUCCCUUCCCUGCAUCCUCCUUUCCCUUCCCCCAUCCCCCUUCCCUUCCCCCAUCCCCCUUCCCUUCCCUCAUCCCCCUUUCCCUCCCCCUCUGCUAUCACCUUCUUUUCUCUUUCUGCUACCACCUCCCUUCCCCCUCUGCUGUCACCUCUCAUCCCGUGAUACCACCUCCCUUCCCCCUCUGCUGUCACCUCUCAUCCCGUGCUACCACCUCCCUUCCCCCUCUGCUGUCACCUCUCAUCCCGUGCUACCACCUCCCUUCCCCCUCUGCUGUCACCUCUCAUCCCGUGCUACCACCUCCCUUCCCCCUCUGCUGUCACCUCUCAUCCCGUGAUACCACCUCCCUUCCCCCUCUGCUGUCACCUCUCAUCCCGUGCUACCACCUCCCUUCCCCCUCUGCUGUCACCUCUCAUCCCGUGAUACCACCUCCCUCCCCCCUCUGCUGUCACCUCUCAUCCCGUGCUACCACCUCCCUUCCCCCUCUGCUGUCACCUCUCAUCCCGUGCUACCACCUCCCUUCCCCCUCUGCUGUCACCUCUCAUCCCGUGCUACCACCUCCCUUCCCCCUCUGCUGUCACCUCUCAUCCCGUGCUACCAGCUCCUCCCAUGAAGCCAACACUUCGCCAACCCUUUCACCUUUUUCCCCUGCUUUCACACACUAUUCCGCCAAGCAAUCACUUCCCCAAUUCCUCCCUGCCUCCUUUCUUUCCCCAUGCCAUGCCUCCCCUCGCUUUCCUCCCAUGCCUCAGCUCUGUUUUCCCACUUGUCUCCCCUCUGCUUCCCCCCUUUCUCCCCCCUGUUGA